GAUUAGGAUUACAUCCCUUAACUUAUUUUCAUCUCAUCCAACCAUGUUACCAACUUGCAUCCCAGAUAACAAAUUUUUAGUAUAUUCGAAUCGUUUUUCAUGCUUACAAAAUUAAAUAAUAAAAGUAAGCCAGAGACACUGGGAGAAUCAGUUAAACGGUGAUGCAUCAGAAAGGUCGAGCAUAUAAUCGUAGAUCAAGGAGUUUUACAAGAUCUCGUAUUGCUGUUGAGGGUUCUUAGCUGCUUAUCCAUUCCAUCUCCUGAACAGAUUUCUCUCUUCUCUGCUCUUCCCAUCACUCUCUUUUCAAUUACAUUUCUUUCUAAAGUCUAAACAAUCAAUGGAUGCUCAUGGUGAUGAACGAGAAACUCAAAAGAACGGUUCGAUUGAGCAUCCUGUUGAAGCUUCUGAUGUUGAUAAGGAUUUCCAACAAUUCUUGGAUAAUGUGCAGUACAAAUGUACUGGGAUAUUACGCUAUGAACGUGUUUUCGGAGAAGGUUAUGUGAGCACAGGAGGGUUUGAGACAACAAAGGAAUUUGUUGAAAAGCUUGAACUUAAGCCAGGACAAAAAGUCCUUGAUGUAGGAUGUGGAAUUGGGGGAGGCGAUUUUUACAUGGCUGAAGACUUAGGCGCUGAGGUUGUUGGCAUUGAUCUCUCUGUCAAUAUGGUUUCUUUUGCUCUAGAGCGUGCAACUGGGCGGAAAUGCUCAGUCGAGUUUGAGGUUGCUGAUUGUACCAAAAAGACGUACCCAGAUGAAACUUUUGAUGUGAUAUACAGCCGUGACACCAUUCUCCACAUUCAGGACAAACCAGCCUUGUUCAGGAACUUUUUCAAGUGGUUGAAACCAGGAGGUAAAGUUCUUAUCAGUGAUUAUUGCAAGAGUGCUGGACCUCCAUCAGCUGACUUCGGGGAGUAUAUUAAGCAGAGAGGAUAUGACUUGCAUGAUGUGGGAGCAUAUGGUCAGAUGCUUACAGAUGCUGGAUUUGUUGAUGUAAUUGCGGAAGAUCGAACUGACCAGUUCAUGAAAGUUCUUCAAAGAGAAUUGGAUGCUGUUGAGAAGGACAAAGAGAAGUUUAUUGCUGACUUUUCUGAGGCGGACUACAAUGACAUAGUAGGCGGCUGGAAGUCAAAGCUCGUUAGGACUGCAUCGGGUGAGCAGAGGUGGGGUCUGUUUUUCGCCAAGAAGAAAUGAUUCGCCAAGAUAGCUACAUUUCUAUCUGGUGGGUUCCAAGUUUUUUACUAGUAGGCUUGAUCGUAAUAUGAUGAAAAUGACCAGUACUGGUCUUACUACUAGUGGAAUACGUAACGAACUUGCUUUGUAAUUGAAUGUAAUAAACAUGGACUCUUCCAUGAAUGCUCUUCUUUUUUUACUUAUAACUGUGAGUUAUCAAACAUCUGAACUCAGAAGAACACUCCUUGGUUUG